GUUAGAGUGCCAUAUGGAAACCGAGGGACUGAGCUAGGAAUGCUUCCCUUGUAGUAGCGUCCAACAGGUUCUGGGGUUACCCGUAUCGUCUUUCUUCAAUUAUGCUCCAAUCGUUUCGGCCGGUAUGAUGGAAUGGCUUGCCGGCGGUGCGCUGAUCCGAGCGGGUCCCGUCCUUUCCUGAAGCCCAUCAGACGAAUUGCUGUGGAGGCCGAGAUGUGCGCGGUCAUCGCGCCGUGUAUCAACGCUCAGCGUGAUCAACCGGUGUGAAGCGACACAUCAACUAUCUGAGGCCCGAAAAUUGUUAUCAGUUUAUCUGCUUGUAUUUUUUUUAUCUAAUCAUGGACACAAUAAGUCGUUGUAACAAGCCGACAAUAUGCAACGACGUUGAUUUUGCAAGAAACUUCAGUUCUCCACGGUAUAAAGAGAUGGCACUGGUGCCCCACUUCAGACAGAUCUGAAGAGACAAACGCGUCCAUACUCUGGGCGGCGAACUGCCGGGAAUUCUUACUAGAACGCCGCCUCAGACGGUCGGGCGGGAAUCUGAUGCGAAACUGGGUCUCUCUGCUGGGAACUCCCCAUGGGUCAAAGCUGUAGAGACUUCUGGUGUCUUGCGGGUGCCCUUCAUUGAAAGCCUAUAGUAGUUUGGAUUUCUUGGAUUGCUGGUUGGCUGCUGCGAGCACUGCAUGACUGACUGUUUACAAAUCAAGGUGAACUAUGCUACUGAUCUGUAGGGAGAAUUGGGCUACAGCUGCCUUCGAGGAGCAAAUGCUUUCACCGUGACUGGCCACAGAUUCAGAUAAAACCAGCCGUUUACUCAGAGAGGGAAUUCCAUCCUGUGUUGAGGCGGGCAGGCUAUGACCAUUUUCUCUUUGUUUUUUGAUGGAAACCGCUGCCAGGAAAGGCCUAGAUUUUCGUUACGAGUGGCCGUCUCCCAGACUACCUGACGCUGACGUGAAUCCGAAAUAAGUUGAGAGGGAAGCGGGGCACCGAGGAGUGGGCCCCGGUUGCCGUCUGUCGCCGUGACUCGUGCCGGUGCGGAGGAAACAACAACAGAGCCAUCCAGAUUUCAGUCAGCCAGCGAAGAUAGCGGAGGCUUCUUCAGAUUUUUCGCCGCUCACAUAAUCUGGCCGUUGUUUUUGACUCUGCAACAAGGCAGACCAGCCGGGGAGCAUUGCAGUGGCGUUUCGCAAAUAUCGUCGGCAGUUUCGAUUAAGGUUUUGUCCCACGUGGAUUUGGAUCGGACACCAACUGUGUAUUUUGCGUAUUUUUGUAGCGGUUCGCUGGGAAUUAUCAAUCCAGGAACAUCAUCAGCCGCGAGCGACGAGAUUCAACGACGGAGCGAGAUUUGGAGUGCCCGCUGCGGGAUACGUAAAGGUGUCGUUGGUACACGUACCGCAAAGCGGCUACAGAUCGCGGGAAUCCACCGUAGCCCUCGUUGGCGUAUUUAUAUUUCUCCGCGAUUUCGCGAGAAAUGGCUCGAAAAAUCUCGCGUUAUUAAAACAAGUGGAAAAUGUCAACAAAUCACCGGGAGGUAACAUUCUCAGCGGCGGGGAAGCCACAGUCUCAAUGUAGCGUGGAGCUGUUAAAAACAGCGCUCUUGGCCUCUCCGGAAUCGAGUUUUUUGUCUUCCAGCGCCUUCAAGCCAAACAGACAAUUGGAAACGACCAAUUAAACGGCACGGGCCGACAACUGAUUUUUGGCGCGAACAUAAUGAAAUGGAGGUUGGACUGAUAUGCACGGUGCAGACCCACCCAGAUUGUCGGCAUGGCAGUGGUAAUGGUAUCGCCAGCCAAUGAGCAAUCAUGCAUAGAUUCGACGGAGCAGUUGCUCUGUCAGACAGAGGAGACGACGGCAGCGUGCGCGGGCGUGCUGGCGCCCUCAUCUGGCAAUCGCACCGAUCCCACCGCUACCGCCGACAAAGACAAUCAACAACAGCUGCAUGAGGCUGCCGGCUCGACCAUGGAUUACCAUGGCCGUGGAGGAGGUUGGGAGCCACUCUGCAGUCACCACGCUGCUGAAGAGUACGAACUACAGGCUCGGGAUGGGUCCGGAUCUACACCGGACUCACCCCAAACAACCGCUCAUACAGGAUUACUGGAGAAGGCAGACAAAGAUGACACACAUGACAGCGCAUCCAAAGAAGAGUUAUUCUUUAUUGGCGGGAGCACUGGCGGAAAACAACCCCACAGAGGACAGAGUAGUGCCUCCAGUUCCGGACGGCGACCCGCACAAAAACGGAGACAUCUGGCCGAGCCGUCAAGUGACAAUCGCUUCGUCAACCUGGCCCACCGGUCGGCUCUCGUGAACGGUACCAUCCCCCGGUUCACGCCGCUUCAGCUCCACCGAUCGGAGCGGUCUUGGGCCCGUUCCUCGGUGGCAGACAUGAAAGGCAACGGAUCCGCCGAGGGAUCGAGCCGUAAAAGCAGUGGUGGUGGUGGGAAGAAGAAAACCCACUACAGUCACGCCAACACGGGCUACAGACUGGGCUUACGGAGAUCUCUAUUCGAAAGACGGAAACAACUCAGUGAUUAUGCCCUGGUUAUUGCUAUGUUUGGGAUUGUUGUCAUGAUCGUGGAAACGGAGCUUUCGUGGUUCUUUUACAGCAAGGAAUCUGUAUAUUCCUACAUACUGAAAGCCUUCAUCAGUUUCUCUACGAUUGUUCUGCUCGUCCUAAUUGUAUUAUACCACGCCAGAGAGAUACAGCUCUUCUUGGUCGACAACUGUGCGGACGAAUGGCGGAUUGCGAUGACGUGGUCCCGAAUCUCUCUCAUCACCUGCGAACUCUUCGUGUGUGUCAUCCACCCGGUGCCGGGCAGAUACUUUUUCGAAUGGGUGGCCGAGUUUGCCUACACCCACGAGCCUCGGACGGCGAUAGCCGACGUGGACAUCCUCCUCUCUAUCCCCAUGUUCCUCCGGCUCUACCUGAUUUGCCGGGUCAUGCUGUUGCACAGCAAACUCUUCACGGACGCCUCCUCCCGGAGCAUAGGCGCCCUGAAUCGGAUCAACUUCAACACACGAUUUGUGUUGAAAACUCUAAUGACAAUAUUUCCGGGAACAGUGCUCUUGGUCUUCACUGUCACGUUAUGGAUUAUAGCGAGUUGGAUUCUUCACGUGUGCGAAAGAUAUCACGAUGAAGACAACGGGGAGAUUCUCAACGCGAUGUGGAUCGUCUCUAUUACAUUCCUUUCUAUUGGCUACGGGGACAUGGUACCAAAUACUUACUGUGGGCGGGGAGUUUCGGUUAUUACAGGUAUAAUGGGUGCUGGUUGCACGGCGCUUGUAGUUGCUGUUCUGGCGACAAAAUUAGAACUCAGCCGAGCUGAGAAACAUGUACAUAAUUUUAUGAUGGACACACAGUUGACAAAAAGGUUAAAGAACGCAGCUGCAAAUGUUCUUCGAGAGACGUGGCUUAUCUAUAAAUACACCAAACUCGUGAAAAACGUUAGCUCCAGACGAAUACGAAAACACCAACGGAAAUUCCUCAGUGCCAUCCACAAGCUUAGGAAAACGAAGUUAGAUCAAAGAAAGUUAGCGGACGAGGCUAGUACGGUCGUCGACAUGGCAAAGCCAUUACUCGUGCGCGCUUCCCGGGCAGAAAUGGCCAUGUACACGUCCAAACCUCCGGUGUUGUACGUACAUACGCAGAACGUAAUGUUCGAAAUGGUGUCUGACAUGCACGCCUCCCGGUCGGGCAUCGACGAGAGGGUUUCGCGUCUGGAACAAAAACUAGAACGCUUACAGACCACCUUGGAGGACCUGCCGCAGAUCCUAAAUUCAUUCCUUGAAAAUGCGCAACAGCAAAUGCUGCAGUCGCAACAACAGUACCUGCUCCUGCAGCAACAACAUAUGCAGCAACAGCAACAACAACCACAGCAGCCACAGCAGCCAACGCCAAAGGAAGAGCCGCCGCAGCGAAGGCAAACGUUGCAGGUGCAGAAACACGUGGAGGAGAGUCCGCCAUUGGUGCACAGUUCGGGGAACCCGUUCGUGCUGGAGGUGACUCCGGAUUCGACGGCGCCCUCCGAGCCGGCCAAGUCUCUUAGACUCCGCUCCUUCCCCGCGCAGGGAGCUUCAGCGUCGUUUGAGGAGUCCACAUUGCGCCGAGAUCUGGAGCGAGAGGUCGAAAGGUCACGCGCCUACAGCAGUCCCGACGUCAGCAACAGUAGAAUCCCUAAUGCUCACUGUUGAACACUUUUCAUCGCCUGUAUAAUCCAUAACAAAGAAUGCGCCCAUUGAUGAGAGAUGCCCAAAGUUGGUGUAUCUUGGGUAAUGUCACGACGACAUAUUGCUGACGAAAGUAAAUCAUGAAGAUAAUAAUAAACUCUCUUGACAGCUGUGGGUAAAUGGCACUUUUCCCUUCGGUA